AUGCCUAGAUCUCCUCGACGUUCCCGCUCACCGGAAGGUAGAAGAAGCAGUCAUAGAGGAGGACAUAGAAGUCCCUCGCCAUCAUCGUCAUCAAGGUAUGAGCGUUCUUAUGGUGGUAGCUCAUCACGAAGGUCUGACGAUAGGAAAGUUUCUUCUUCUUCACGUUAUGACCAAGACGACGAUCGUUAUCAUUCCUCAAGAGAUAGGGAUAGAGAUAGAUAUAGGGAUAGAAGUAGAGAAAGGGAUAGAGAUAGGGAUAGAUAUCGUGGUGAGGAUGAUUCUGGUCGAAGGAGAAAAGAUGAGAGGGAUGACAGAAGACAUCCUGACAGACGAGAACGAGACCGUUCAAGAGAUAGAGAUCGGGACAGAGAAAGGGAUGAACGUAGACGAGAAGGUACGCGAUCUAGAAUACGUACGCGGUCACCAUCACCUCCUCAAAGAUCUUCCGUUCCAGCGCCAGCUCCAGCUUCAGCGGUACGAACGCCUUUGACGGAUAAUGCCACACCAACUGGAUCUCCUGCACCGGAAACUGAGGAAGACAAGAAAAGGAAAGCAAAAGAGAGAUUAGAAGCGUGGAAGAAACAGAGAGCCUUGAAAGAAGGUAAAACGGCAACGCCUGAACCGUCAUCGAGCGCUGUACCUUCCACUAAACCUUCUAGUCCUGCUCCUCCUAAACCUACGAGUGGCCUACCAAACAAACCCACUGCAUUCUCCUUAUCCCGAAUCGGCUUGCCUCUCAAAGCUGGACCUACACCCACGCCGCUGAAGAGAUCAUUAGCGGCUAGUCUAGAUGACGAUGAUGAUAAUUCGGGAGAUAGGAAAUUGCAGAAACUAGGAGAUUUACCUGAGAUCAAUCCCGAUGUACAGAGUGGAGAUGCAGCUCAAGUCGAUUCGAUAGGUGACGAUUUAGCUGUAGAGAACAUUAAAACGGAGCUGAACGGUGAUGAGGCCGCGGAGGAUGCAAUGGAUGUAGAUGAAAAGCCUACACUGAAGGAGAAUGGGAAUGAGAAGGAAGACAAAAUACAAGUUGAUGAGGAAGAGGAGGAAGAUCCGUUAGAUGCGUUCAUGAGAACGAAUGUGGAACAAGUCGUUCAGGUGAACCAAGCGGAUGCCAAGCGGAUGGGAUUGAGGCAAUCGGGCGAUGAUAGUGAGAAUGAAGAGGAGGAUAAAGUCAAGGUAGAAGAUAAGUUGGCAGAAGCUGAGGCUUUGUUGCAACAAGCUGCCGCUAAAUCACGUAAAAAGGAUUUACCACCGCCCGAUCAUUCUAAAAUCGAUUACGAACCUUUCCGAAAAGCCUUUUACAACCCUCCUCCGGAAGUGCUAGAGAUGGAUGAAGAGGAUGCAGAAUUGUUACGAUUGGAGAUGGACGGUAUCAAGAUCAGAGGUCAGGACGCACCUCGACCAGUAAAGAAUUGGGGUGCAUAUGGUCUACCUACUCAAUGUCUCGAUGUCAUCCGUCAUCAUGGAUGGACCAGUCCAACGUCUAUUCAAGCUCAAGCUAUACCUGCGAUUAUGUCUGGACGUGAUGUCAUUGGUAUUGCCAAGACUGGUUCAGGUAAAACAAUCGCUUUCCUUCUUCCUAUGUUUAGACAUGUCCGAGAUCAACGUCCCGUGUCAGGGAAUGAAGGUCCCAUAGCGGUAGUCAUGUCGCCUACUAGAGAAUUGGCUACUCAGAUAUAUAAAGAAUGCCAGUCGUUCCUGAAAGUUCUCAAUAUAAGGGUAACUUGCUGCGUUGGUGGAUCUUCGAUCUCUGAAGAUAUUGCAGCUAUGAAGAAAGGAACUGAAGUUGUCGUUUGUACUCCUGGACGAAUGAUCGACCUACUCACUGCGAAUAACGGAAGAGUUACAAACCUACGACGAACAACAUAUAUAGUCAUGGAUGAGGCUGACCGAAUGUUCGAUAUGGGUUUUGAACCUCAAGUAAUGAAGAUCAUCAACAACGUACGACCUGAUGCUCAAAAAGUAUUAUUCUCAGCUACUUUCCCUAAAACAAUGGAAUCCCUUGCGAGAAAGAUCUUGAUUAGACCCUUGGAGAUUACCGUUGGUGGACGAUCAGUGGUGGCUCCUGAGAUCGAUCAACGAGUGGAAGUCAGAGAACCCGAUUCCAAGUUCAAUAGGUUAUUGGAGAUUUUGGGUGAAAUGGGUGAAGAGCAUAAAGAUGAUGAAGAUGAUUUCAGGACGUUGAUCUUUGUGGACAGACAGGAGUCUGCAGAUGAUCUUUUUAGGGAUUUACUCCAAAGAGGAUAUGUGUGUGCUUCGCUUCAUGGUGGAAAGGAACAAGUGGAUCGGGACGAGGCGAUCAAGAACUUCAAAAGUGGUGAUGUACCGAUCAUCGUGGCUACGUCUGUAGCUGCUCGAGGAUUGGAUGUGAAGGAAUUGAAGCUGGUUAUAAACUACGACUGUCCCAAUCACAUGGAAGAUUACGUGCACCGAGCUGGAAGAACAGGUCGUGCAGGUAAUAAAGGUACCUGUAUCACUUUCAUAACUCCGGCUCAAGAGAAAUUCUCGGUGGAUAUCGUCAGAGCAUUGGAAGCCAGUAAUGCUUUCAUACCAGAAGACCUCAAGGCAAUGUCUGAGAACUUCCUUGGAAAGAUCAAAUCCGGCAAAGCCCGGGCUGCAGGAAGUGGAUAUUCCGGUAAAGGUCUCGAACGAAUCGAGAAGAAACGUAUUGAAAAAGAUCAAGCUGAGAAACAUACCUAUGGAGAUACUUCCGAAGCACUAUCAUUAUCCUCCCGAGAAGGUGCAGUCAUACCCUACAAACCCAAAACGACCGAAUUCAAGCAACCUGAGAAUCCCAAUGCCCAUAAGGGAGAUGCCGAUUACACUUUCACCGAGAUUAAGGUGGAGAUCGUUCAUGGACCUGCACCAGAUAGGGUCAUACAAAACAACCCACCACCUAAACCCACGAUGGCUGCUCUUCCCGCGCAGACCAUCGCUGCAUUGGAGAAAGCCAAGAAAGAAGGACGUACGGUUGAUGCUGCCAAUCUGGCCAAGGUGGUUGCUCGUCUGACUCAAUCUAUCGAAUUGACCAAGGCGGAGAAACUUGGUCUGGCCCAACCUGCUAACAGUAAUGGAGUUCGAACUAAGGAUCCGGACGCUACGGAUUACCAUGCUAUUUUCCCUAUUAAUGAUUACCCCCAGAAAGCUCGAUGGAAAGCGACAAACAAAGAACAGAUGACUUUGUUACAAGAGAUAAGUGGAGCGAGUAUCACGAUGAAGGGAUUGUACUAUCCACCGGGAAGCGAACCUGGACCAGGGGAUGAACCCAAGUUGAGCUUGUUGAUCGAAAGUAAUGAUGAACAUAGAGUCAGGGCGGCGGUUGAUGAGAUUAGAAGGAAUUUGGUUGAGGCGUCUGUGGCGGCUUUGAAUACUGCUGAUAGAGCGCCGGGUGGAAGUGGACGGUAUGCUGUGUAG